AUGUGGUGAGCUAGUUGAGAGUCGACUGCUGGAGGUUGAACUGAGUGAAAGCGGUAACUUUUGUACAGCUCUUUUGCUGGCUUUUUUGAACUCGGAAAGAUAGCUUCACUGCCUUUUAUUUGAGAAUAAUUUGUUUAAUUCAACGUAACUAGUGAACCUCGUCGAAGAACAACAACUUGCAUUUGGCUACCUACCUCCUGAGAGCUCGAUAGAAACUUUGUGUUUUUGGGGGUGAGCGCAAUAUUUGUGAUUUACUGAACACUGGACUACCACCAACCAACGAUGGCUGCAGCUGAGUGUUCAACAUUGGCUGCCCCUUCCCUGACAGCAGACCCUGUUGUAGACAUGGAGACGGAUACUACUCCCAGUGCUAAAGUCGUGGUGGAAGCUACAGUGGUUGAAGAAGACGAAGAUGAUAAACCAGUCCGGAUGACGAGACCUCGAGGCAGCUCUCGCGUCCACUUCCCAGAAGAUGUCCACGAUCCGGAGAUCCACGUAUCCCGAGAGAUCAACUCUACGAUUGACGUCAACCUGGGCUUCCUGCAGUCCAGCCACCGCUACAGGGCGAGCUUCAGCGUUGCGGACACGCUCAAGGGGGACAUUGAGAUACCGCUACCGGUGCAGACUACGGGAGUGGUUAACGCAGAGGCACAUCCAACGCAGAAUGGUGAAGGACAUGAUAUCAUCCUAACGCUUAUUCACCACAGGGAUGGGGUCCUGUCCGAAGAUUUGGAACUCGUCAGCCAGAGCGAACCUAGCAAAAAAGUCAAACUCGUCCUCCACUGCCGAUUGAUAAACCCAGGUAAGGACCAAGGCACACCUCAAGUCAAGGAAGGAAUCCAAACUCUAGGAAUCGAGUCUGACCCAGCAGCCGAGGAAUCAGAAGGCAGUGAUUGGACGCCGUUUGAGUGAUGACCCCUCCUCCCUCCGUGACCUCUAAUGCCUCUUUCAAGAACUUUUUUACAAUCAGGAAUAAAACAUCUCUUAAUUACUUUUUUGUUGGGUCAUGGCUAUUAGGUCCUAUUCCGGGAUGAAUAGAGGGCGACAAAGUAAUGAUCUUAUUAUUGUAUAUCAUGAGAACAGAAUGAAAUCACAAGUUGCAAUCCAGAGUGUUAUAGAUUUUAGUUACAUAGGCAACUAAGCCACGACCCAAACAAUUAAUUUCAACAUAUAUAAUAAAGUGCACACUAUCUAGUAGGAAAAAUGCAAACGAUAAAAGAUUUCUGAAGCGAACAAAUAUAUCCCCAUUUAUAGAUAACUACAAACACAGUUAGAGUUUACCCCAGGGCACAAUUUCACAGAGCUGCUUAAGCACAAAAAGUAAAAUCUGUGAUUGGUAUCCUGCUUAUUUUUGCUAAGCAGAAAAAUGCUAAGCAUGAUUCUCUGCUCAAGCAGCUCUAUGUGGAAUAGGUGGAAUGACAAUAAGCACCAAGCGGUUUUACUAAAUGGAUUUACCUGAUCAAGAACAGUCAAUACCCAUAUCGAGAGACGAUUGUUCCGAUCGGGGGUCAGAGUAUCCCAGUUGGUUAGUUUUGUUGGCACAAACCCUGUUCGAGGUAACUAUGCGGUUACAGUUACCCUUACCAAAUUUGUUUAUACUUGUAGUACUCAAAGCGGUCAUAAGUAUGGCAUUGUCUUGUAGCAUUCGAAAAACCAUAAGGGCUAUUUUGUUAAUGUACUCAUGGAGAGGGUUUUGCUUUUUGUGAUUUUGUAGUUGCUAUCAAUUCUUUUGAAUGUUUGCAGCAAGUAUUGAUGUUAGAUUUGGUUGAUAUUGUUAGAAAGCAACUUAUUGUUGUCAUAUUGAUGGUGGUCAGUCAGUCACACCUUGCGCUUUGUCAAUGGCAUGCACAGAUCUUGCACUUACUAGUCCCUUGGUGAUCUGGCCUACAUUUGAGUUUUCUUUAACCUUUAUUUAAUAAAUUUUGGUUCUAAAAAAGCAAUAUAGACAGGAUGAAACAAUUGAUUUUAGCCGUUGUGAAACACAUGUCAGGACUCAAGGUGUAAUUCCAUAACACAUC